GAAAGGGCCGAGUGGAAGCUUUAGUUCUGAGAGCAACAGACAUGGCCGAUGAGGAUGAGGAUCAAACGGUAGGUGGCGGGCGGCAUCGGUGGACCUGUUUCAUGCAGAGGCCCAGGUUUGAGGAAGAAACAGAAGAAGCCUCUGGCUCAGCUGAAGGAGGGCAGGGGAGGAGGAAGAGGCUCUUUUCCAAGGAGUUGCGCUGUAUGAUGUACGGAUUUGGGGAUGACCAGAACCCAUAUACAGAGUCUGUGGAUAUCCUGGAAGAUCUGGUGAUAGAAUUCAUUACUGAGAUUACCCACAAGGCAAUGUCCAUUGGGCGCCAGGGGCGUGUGCAGGUGGAGGACAUUGUUUUUCUGAUCAGGAAGGAUCCGCGCAAAUUUGCCAGAGUCAAAGAUCUGCUGACUAUGAACGAGGAGCUGAAACGGGCAAGGAAAGCCUUCGAUGAGGCCAACUAUGGCUCCUGAAAGCCUGGAUCAGUUACUGUCUGCACCAUUGUACCUUUGUUUAUCCAAACUGAUUCCUACUGAUAAAAUGUAUCCACCAUUUUGUCAUUGUCUGUUUUUGGCUACACCUGAGAAUGUUCUGAUUGGGGACUGGGCCUGUGAGACCUUCGGACAUAUGUUCUGAUAUCCUGAUUGGCUCAGGGAUUAGCUGUGGCCUCCAUCACUAACCGCCAAUUGUGUGCUGUUGUCUUCAGUUCCUGCCCUCUCACAUUACCAGCCACUGUCUGUCUAGUUCCUGAGUUUCCUUGGAACAUUUCAUCAUUGCAGGAAAGUUCUCUGUGAUAAAAUCUCAAGAAACUGAAACCUGUCGUGUCGCAGAGAACACUCUGUUACCUUUUUACAGUUACUGGAUUUUAGGACGUUGACAAAAAGUGCAGUUUUUGUGUGUAAUUUUUGUGUUGGGAUGCUAAAGCACUGUAAAUAAAACUCAUUUUAUAUUGA